AUGAGCCCGAGGCAAAUUUUCUUAAUGGGCGCCCCGCUACCCGACAGUCUAGACUGGGACCACGACGAGCUUCUCAACACCCCCAUACCCCCAUUUGACAAUGCAGGCAUCAAUACAUCGCAUAAUAUUUGCCUCAACCAACCUUCUGUCAAAUGGAGAGUCCUUCGAUCUUCACUACCUCAUGAUGUGAAUGUCCCUCACAAUUUUUAUUGGGGGCCUCAGGGCCCGAACUUUUUAACAUCGCAUCAGCUUAUCAAUGCUGAUAGUGUAUCAAGUGAGGAGGAUGACUCGGUUUUGUCUCAAUUCUACGACCAUUCAUUUACAGUUCACGAGACCACUGAGAUCUCUACAUCUGAACUACGAGGAGAUGACCUCACACAGGCGAACACCCCAGUGUUGGACAACAUCGAGGCUUCGGGUACACCAACGAAAGACCUGUCUCAACCAACACAUUUCCGGAUCCAUGGACCCUUGAAGGAUUUAGGCGAUAUCCCCACAGCAAGACAUUUGCAAUCCAUCAUACCGCAGACCAUGACCGUCAAUCUGGUGGUCGGUAUUAUUGCAAUCCAUCCACCUCGACGUGUGGUGACACGACAAUGGAAGAAAGAAAUUGAUGUCGUUGAAAUGGUGGUUGGGGAUGAGACUCGGGCCGGGUUUGGCGUGAACUUUUGGCUUCCAGCUUCAACGGACCAAGCUCCAUCGGCUAUCAAAGCCCCAAAUACCGACCCACUUGUCCGAUCCCUGGCUUCUCUUCGCCCUCAAGACAUUGUGCUUUUAAGGACCGUGGGGCUUAGCUCGUUCCGGAGUCAAGUUUACGGCCAGAGCUUGCGCGGUGGAAUGACUCAAGUCGAUCUUUUGCACCGAUUGACGGAUGCGGGAAGGCCCUACAAGGUUAUCUCCUCGAGCGGCGACGACGAUCUGCCGCAGAAGGUUCACAAAGUACGGGAAUGGUUGUUUCUUUUUGUGGGCACGGAUAGAGCAGGCGGUAACCUGCCAGGAAUGCCAGGGACACAACGUGGGCAACAGCUGCCUCCGGAUACGCAGUAA